AUGGCGCAGACUGUGAGACGCGCCAUCGAAGGGAGGUAUCCCUCGUGUUAUAUACCUAGUAGAAUAAAGGAAAGAAGAGCAAAGGCGAGAGCAUUGAGACUAGAACAACAACGUAAGCCAGACAAACCAGAGGACUUUGUGUGCUACUCGGACAGUGACUCAGAAGAAGAGACUCCGGCCCAGCAGCACAGAAUACUGUCCACGUCAUACAACUUUGUGGACUAUGUACGGUCACGAGAGAUACAGGCGCCAGAGCCUCGUACAGUUGAGCCGUCAUACGCGACCCGUCACAUGCUCACUCACGACAUGUUCCGCGAGACGCCCGUCAACCUGGGCAACAUGAACAAGGUGUUCUGUUCACAGUGGCUCUCAGACAGGCAGGUCGUGUUUGGCACCAAGUGUAACAAGCUGAUGGUGUACGACGUUCGCUCGCGGUCCCUGGACGCGAUCCCAACACUGAGGCCUAGGGCUCCGUGGCCCGGGGCGGAGCACCAGACAGGCAUACACGCGCUACAGAUAAACCCUUCACGUACCCUGCUAGCGACUGGAGCUCGUAAUUCAUGUGAGCUGGCCAUCUACAGCCUGCCGACCCUGGACCCUGUGUGUGUGGGGGAGGCUCACAAGGAUUGGAUCCUGGACAUGUGUUGGCUGGACGAUGAGUUCCUGGUCACAGGUUCCCGGGACUCACGCCUUGCUCUAUGGCGCGCGCCUUCAAGCCCGCUACCUCGGCCAGGACCCGCCGCUCACCAGCACUAUGUAGCGCCCGUCGCUGUUAGAGAAUGUCGCGCUGGUCAAAAAGUCCGCGCGUUAACCUUCAACGCCAAGUGGCGUGAGAUCGCUGCCCUCACUCUGAACGGCUACAUCCACGUGUUCAGCGCGCACUCCUUCAGACAGACUCUGUCACGGAAACUACCCUCCUGCCAGGACCUCGUGUGUCUCGCUACACAGGAAAGCGGUAUCUACGCCAUCGGCUGCAAGUCCUACACACUACUACUAGACUGCCGCACGCUACAGUCAGUUAAGAAGAUAACUUCUAGAUACAACGGCUGCGGCAUACGAUCAGCUAGCUUCAGAGGCGACAUGCUCACUAUAGGAACGGGACUCGGUCUCCUGAUGUUCUACGACCUCCGAGCCGGUAAAUAUCUAGAGAGCAACAUUCACUCGUCGAAAAUUGUUACCCUCAAAGCGUCCAGGGGCUACGUGGUAAAUAUUAUAUUCAUAUUAUGUUCCCAAUUCCCGGAUGAAGAAGCGGAUGGUUUCAACCAAGGCAAGUACGUGCCAGCUAUAUACACUCACUGCUAUGACGACUCAGGGACACGCAUAUUCACGGCGGGCGGACCUUUGCCGGCGCCGCUAGUGGGGAACUACGCUGGGCUAUGGCAAACUGAUAAAAUCUGUUUCGUGUGGAAAUAG